UCCUUAAUUUCUUUUUACCAAAAAUAGGCAAGAGAUAGGGAACCGUAUUUUCCCUAUCCUGACAUGUCGAAUCAUUUUAGGAAAUUUUCUUUUUUUCUCUUUCUUUCUAUUUUCAUGUGGUUUUUAUGCUUUUCUUUUUUUGUGGGAAAGGACUUGAAACAGGAAGACAAGGAUUUACGAAUAAGGAAAGAAACGGGAUGUGGUCUGAGUCUAAAGAGACGAUGAACUAUACAUACACAGCUUCCAAGAUCUUCUCUGUGUCUGCUCUAAGAACCUUCCUAUAAAUUUUCCAUCUUUGUAGCGCUGGUUUGGUCUGUUCGUUUUGUCAAUCCGUCCUGGUUUGAACUGGUGUUUCGUUUCAACAGAACCCUGAUAAGUUUUUUGUUUUUUUGUUUUUCUCAUAUAGUUUCUGUUUUGUUAAUCUGGUUCUCUGACCUUCUGGUUUGUAACUAGUUUUCCUCUCGUUACUUCUCGAGCCAAGGAAGCAUAAGCGUGUUUUGGAAAUUUCACUAGAGCUUGAGGACAUGGUGAGAGGGAAGAUUCAGAUGAAGCGAAUCGAAAAUACGACGAGUCGGCAAGUCACCUUCUCGAAGCGUCGAAACGGGCUGCUAAAGAAGGCCUUCGAGCUUUCCGUCCUUUGCGAGGCCGAAGUCGCCGUGAUCGUAUUUUCCCAGAAAGGCAGGCUCUACGAGUUUUCGAGCUCUGACAUUCAAGAGGUGAUAGGACGAUACUUUAACCAGGCAAAAGGUGGGCAAGGAAACAACAUUGCAGUGGAACAAUACAUGCUGCAAUUGAAGCGUAGCAGUGCAAGCAUGGCAAAGCAGAUUGAGCUUCUUGAUGCUUCUCAAAGGAAGCUUUUGGGACAUGGUUUAAGUUCGUGUACUUCUGAGGAACUUCAAGAGACCGAGAGUCAGCUGGUGCGAAGCUUAUCCCUUAUCAGGGGAAAAAAGGCUCAGUUAUGGACGGAUGAAAUAGAGCAUCUAAAAGAGAAGGAGAGACUUCUGUUAGAGGAAAAUGCAAGGUUAAUCGAAAAGUUAUCCGCUCAAGAGAAAGGUAUUGUACCCUACAGAAGCCAAAGUAGCCAGGCUUCACACAUAGAUGUGGAGACUCAAUUGUUCAUCGGACUGCCAGAAAUGCGCUGCUCAUGAAAGAAGUUUUGGCAUCUGCUCAUGACCAUGUUCUCCCAAAAAUUCGAAGAUUUCUCAAAAUAAGAGGAAAUAAUAAACAAAUGCAUUAUGAUUGUAUAACCGGCUUGUUGAUCACUUAUUCCAUGUGCAAGUUCAUAAAUAGUACUGUUGCUUCCUGUUUGCUAAAAUUUGUCAGCUGGAUGUUUGAAAAUAAUCGUGUUAAUGUGAGCUAUGACUUCAGUACUGUAAUAUAUUUAAUCGAGGGAAUCGUCAAUCUUAAUAAACUUCGUUCAUUAUGUUAA